AUGAUUACUUUUUUAUUACUUCUUUACAAAGAUAUUGACAAACGUUUUUAUUCUAGUGACGGCAAAAACCUCACAAAAGUUAAUGAUACAUCACUAGACCUCAGGAUAUCAUCCACAUGCGAAAUCAUCCAAGAUCAAUGCUUUUACCUUCUCAAAACUUUAUUUUCCUUUUCAUUUGAAGAAAAUCCUAACUUAACUACAAUUGGAAAAAAUAGUUUUUGUGGAUGUACAAAUCUUACUACUAUAAAUCUAUCAUCAUGCAAGAAACUUACAAAAAUAUCUUCUUAUGCAUUUAAUGGCUGUUCUAAUGUCAAUCAGAUACUUUUACCAGAAGGACUCCUAGAAAUAGGAAGCAGUGCAUUUUAUUCUAUUUCACAAAUGACAAGUAUUAUCAUUCCAGCAUCUGUUGAAAAAAUACAUAAUAAGGUAUUUAAUUGCUGUGAUAAACUCCAAAAUGUUACUUUUGAGGAAGGAUCAAAUUUAACUUCAUUAGAAAAUAAAGUAUUUACUCAAACUGCAAUCACUUUGUUUCAAAUUCCAGAAAAAGUUUCUAAAAUUCAUGGAGAAGCAUUUUAUUAUGGAAAAUUAA